UGAAAGCUCACAGGGAGAAGAGCCUUUUAUGAAGAAUGUUUGCGAAGUAGCUUAAACUAUGUACACGUUUCACCUUUAGGAAGGACUGUUCAUCUGGAAAGGAACAAAACUCGCUAAGUGAGACCUCUGGAAACACGAAUGGGUUCUCAGUUCAGAGUUAGGCGAAGCAUCAGCUAUUAUUUCUUUUUAUAUUGCAUUUUAAUGUCAAAAGUUCUUGUGUCAUGGAGUGAAGAAGGCGUAUUAAUAGCGCACAGCGGUGAUGCACUACAAAGCAGUAACAACGGCAGUGUAACACUCCAGAAACCGGAGACCGCUUCCCAAGGAAGUCAGGAAUUACAAGCUUCUUAUGUUGCAUUAUCAUCUACUCCUGCCCAACGUUUAGAAAGGAAAAUCCCAUCUUUACUACAAGCAUCAUCAGGUACCUGUACCACAUCAUGUCUUAAUGGUGGAGCCUGUGUACAUCUAGGACACUGCAACUGCAGCCAGUUUAGAGCAACAGGAUCAAGGUGUCAAACAGUGCCAAACACGGGCUAUGAAAGAGAUAUGAUUUGCCGUACAUGGGGCCAGUACAGUUUUGAAACCUUCGAUGGGCUUUACUAUUACUUUCCUGGAAAGUACACAUACACUCUUGUAAAAGAUUGUGACCCUUCUGAAACUAGCUUUUUAAUACAGAUUCACAACGACUGGAAUUGCAAUUCUUCCCCUUAUCACUGCCGGCGGUCAGUUAGUUUAUUCUUCUAUCAUGACAGAGAAAUUGUAAUAAAAGGCUACAGUGUUUUGUACAAUGGACAAAGUAUUCAGCUCCCACAAGUUCACCGGAAUGUACAGAUUGAAAGACUAGCUGGUUAUAUCUUAGUUACGCAUCAUUAUGCAUUUACAAUGGCAUGGGAUGGGAAAUCUGGAUUAUAUAUCAAAAUGAGUCCUGAAUUUGUUGGCAAAACAUGUGGUUUAUGUGGAAACUUCAAUGGUGACUUGCAAGAUGACCUAAUCACUAGUUAUGGUGAACCAACUGAUGACAUUGCAGUUUUUGCUAACAGCUGGAAGGAAAUGUCUCCUGAUAAGGGGACUGGAAUUAAUGUGCCUUCUGAUUAUCCAUCACCAUGCUCCACUCAAAACCAAAACACAUUGCAGAUAAUUUUUAAUCUGUGCAAUGCAUUAAUGGAGCUGCCAUUCAAAGCGUGUCAUAACCACGUGAGUCCUUUUCCUUUCCUGGCUAGCUGCACAAAUGAUCUUUGCGUGUCUGAGCAUAAAAGUUCAUCACUGUGUCAAGUGCUGACUGAAUAUGCGAGGGCAUGUUCCCAUGCUGGAUUACCUCUUCAUGAUUGGAGGACUCAUUUUCAGCAGUGUGUUGUUGACUGUGGAAGAGCGCUCAUUCACAGAGAAUGCAUUGCCUGUUGCCCAGCUACAUGUCGUCAAGCCAAGCAAUGUAUUGACAACAAAAUUGAUUGUGUUGAUGGAUGUUAUUGUCCAGAAGGUUUAAUUUAUGAAAAUGGAACCUGUGUGAAGCCCUCUGAAUGUUCUUGCAUUUACCAUGGAGUUUCUUAUCUGGUGGGAUCUGUAGUAAUGGAAGAUUGCAAUAACUGCACGUGCUUUGGAGGGCGAUGGAAUUGUACAGAAAAUAUUUGUCCAGCUGAAUGCUCUGUAACAGGGGACAUCCAUUUUGCUACAUUUGAUGGCCAUAUUUACACAUUCCAGGCAACUUGCCAAUAUAUUCUGGCAAAAAGCCGAACUUCUAGCAAGUUCACAGUUACACUGCAGAAUUCUCCAUGUGGGCAGGAACAAGAUGGAGCUUGCAUACAGUCAGUAAAUAUCAUUCUAGACCAAGACCCAAAGAAGCAGGUCUUACUGACACAAUCAGGAGACGUCUUUGUGUGUGAACAGUAUAAGGUCAAUCUUCCCUACAAUGAUGGUUAUUUUGACAUCCAGGAACUUUCAUCAAUGUUUAUACAAGUGAAAUCACAAAUUGGCGUAAGCCUUCAAUAUGACAGGAAGGGGUUAAGACUCUACCUGGAAGUAGAUGGCAAAUGGAAAGAUGACACCAUUGGUCUUUGUGGAACUUUCAAUGGGAAUAUUCAAGACGAUUUCCUAUCUCCAGUGGGAGUGUCUGAAAGCAACCCUUACCUUUUUGGUAGUUCUUGGAAAAUUCCAUCUGUCUGUGAGUCAGUUAGCCCAGCUGUACCUGUGGAUCCAUGUGAUGUACACCUGCAGGCUGCUGCAUAUGCUUUCGAGGUCUGCAGUGUCAUUAACAAGGGAAUCUUUAUGCCUUGUCAUGAGUACGUUAGUCCUGCUGUGUAUUAUGAACAGUGUAAAGCUGAUGCCUGCAAAUGUGGACAGACAUGUCUUUGUUCAGCUCUGGCUCACUAUGCAAGACAAUGCGCAAAAUAUGGGAUUGUUAUCGACUUCAGACAAAACAUAACUGACUGUGCUAUUCAUUGCCCAGAGACUAUGACAUAUUGGACUUGUGUAUCUACAUGCAAACAGAGCUGUAAGUCCAUAUCCAUGCCAGAAGUCUGCAGUGAUGACUGCGCAGAAGGCUGUGCAUGUCCUCAAGGAACUUACUUUAACAGCAAAACAAUGAAGUGUGUGCAAAGGAAUGAAUGUACCUGUUAUUUUCAAGGAGCAGAAUAUUUACCAGGAGAAGAGGCUGUUACAUCAUUAGGAAGAUGCUUUUGCAAGGAAGGAAUGAUGUUCUGUGAAAGCUAUGAUACAAGCUGCCCAGAUGGUCAGAUAUAUUUUAACUGCAGUGACCCUGCUGCAAUUACUAAGACAGAUAUUGGACGGACUUGUGAGAACCAGCUUCUGAACUUGACCUUAUCAGGACAUGCUCCUUGUGUAUCUGGUUGUGUCUGCCCUGAGGGCCUUGUAAAACAUGGAGAUGAAUGCUUCCUACCUGAAGAAUGUCCCUGUUCGUGGAAAGCAAAAGAAUAUUUUCCAGGAGACCAAGUGACUUCUCCAUGCCAUACCUGCACGUGCCAACAUGGUUCGUUUCAGUGUACCUUCUAUCCUUGUCCCUCAAUGUGUACUGUUUAUGGAGAUCGUCACUACAGCACAUUUGAUGACCUGUUAUUUGAUUACAUUGGUGCAUGCAAGGUGUAUUUAGUAAAGAGCACCAUAGGCCUUGGACUUUCUAUUAUUGCUGAAAACGUUAACUGUUAUGGCAGUGGGAUUAUUUGCAGGAAGUUUCUGUCAAUCAGCAUUGGACGAUCUUGGAUUGUAUUUGAUGAUGAGACUGGAAAACCAAAUCCCUCAAGUUUAAUAGAUAAGCAACAGAAUGCUCAAAUAUGGCAAGCAGGUUUAUACACUAUAAUCCACUUUCCUAAAGAACAUGUUUCGAUUAUGUGGGAUCGAAGAACAACCAUUCACAUACAAGUUGGACCUCAAUGGAAGGGUGAACUGACAGGUUUAUGUGGAAAUUUUGAUCUAAAAACAGCAAAUGAAAUGAUGACACCAGAAAAUAUUGAUCUUGGUAAUUCACAAGACUUUGGAAACAGCUGGACAACUACUGAGUGUAUGAACAGCCCUGAUGUCAGAAAUCCAUGCAUUGUGAAUCCUUUGAGGGAGCCUUUUGCCAAGAAGGAGUGUGGAAUAUUGUUAAGUGACGUGUUUGAAACUUGCCAUCCUGUGGUUGAUGUCACUUGGUUCUACUCGAAUUGCCUGUCAGACACAUGUGGCUGCAGCCGUGGUGGGGACUGUGAGUGCUUCUGUACAACGGUGGCAGCGUAUGCACAUCGUUGCUGUCAGGAAGGAAUUCUUGUUGACUGGAGAUCUCCGACAGUCUGUCCUUAUGACUGUGAAUAUUUCAAUAAAGUUAUCGGAAAAGGUCCAUAUAAAUUGGUUGGUAACAUCUUUGACGAAAGAAUUUUGGCAGCCAGUCUGUUUGGAGGUGUUAUCUUUCUAGUAAAGGAAAAUGGCAGCUUUCCAGGGAUUUUACAUCAGUUUAUGCUGACACCAGGUCAAUACAAGUCCAAAGCACAUGAUCCUGUCCUUGUAUCUUUGGAAGCAGCAGAGAGACCUAAUUUCUUUGUUCAAGCUGGAUUAAAUGAAUCAGUGGUUCUUGCAAAAUGGGAAGAUAAUGAUGAUUUUCAAAUCAAAUCAACAUUUGUUCAUCACAAAGACACAUGGAUAACAGGAUAUCAUUCGUUUGAGUCUCUUUUCAAACCUGGAUUCUUUCUGCAUCACACCGCCUCUUCAGUUCACCUUAAAAAGUAUAGUCACACAAAUGAAUUUAGAAUGUCAACCCUCUUCAGACUAGUAGAAACUGACUUUAAGUCUCCAUUUCGAUCUACCUGUGAAUGGCGAUAUGAUGCUUGCUCAAUCCCCUGUUUCAGAACUUGCAAAGACCCAAAAGGAGAAACCUGUCAGUCUGUGCCCAAAACUGAAGGGUGCAUUCCUUUCUGUCCUCCCAAUAUGGUACUAGAUGAAGUGGCCCAAAAAUGUGUAUACUUAGAAGACUGCAUUAUAUCAAAAGAUGUUGAACCAACUCCUGCUAAAUAUAUAACUUCAGAACCUGGAUUAGGUCUUUCUAAAGCUUUAAAUGUAUCUGUUUCAUUGCUGACUACGUUACCCACUACUGCACCUUCUUCAAGAUUUAGCUCAAGCGGUACAUUUGCUACAUCUAAAAUGGAGGUUUCUCAGCCAAUCAGUUUGAAAACUGAAUCAGCUACAGUCACACAUUUUUCAACAUCACAGACAAGUGUAAGCACCAAAACAAGUACAUCUCAAGCCAGACCUAAAAUAGGUACAACAGUAUCUGUUUUGUCAAAUUUUACAGUGCAUUCAACACUUACUCCAAGUGGGGGCUUAUCAACCUUUUCCUCAAGAGUGACUACAGUAGUACCUUUUGUGUCUGAAUGGCAGGCUUCAUUAGAAACACCAUCUACCACUUUAAGAGAGAAAAGUACAACUUCAAAAACAUCACCAGGACCUACCACUCCUGAGCAUAUCUCUACAAGCAGUCAUUCUGAAACAAGUAUGUUGCACUUGCUAAGUGCAGUUACUGAAACUAGGCAUGCAGUAACAUCCUCUGUUACUAUGUCAGAAGCUAAAACAUCUAUGAAAACCACAAUGGAAUUACUUACAACAGCUUCAGCAAGAACAACCCAAGUCAGAACCACGCCUGUGAUGCCAAAGACAAGCAUAGGAAUACAACUUCCAGUUUCAACUGAAGUUACUAGAAAAACUACAGAGAAAACAGCUUCUUCAGCAGAGCAUGCAGUUAGUUCAACUACUCAAACCACUUCAGCCAUAACUACACAGUACACGGCAAAAGAAACAAUUUCAGAACCAUCAGCUACACUCUACCCAGUUGCAUUAAAGAGCACAACAAAACCAUAUUCUACAUUCUCGUACCGAUGGGUUAAUGAGAGUAUGUUUCCUAUUUCCUUCCUUCCUACUGCACCUGAAACAAAAACUUUUGAAGUCCCCCAAACAUCACCAACAGAAAAGUUAAAAGCUUUAACAACUAUUGAAAGCAUUUCAGCAUCUCUUUUCACUACCAUGUAUCCAGUAACACCAGAAAAGAAAGAGUUACAAAAUAUAACAACUGAACACACAUUAACCACAGAGAUUAUGGCACCAGCAUUUACCACGUCUUAUAUUUUUCCUUCAGGUCAACCAGCAACAUCUGCUAUGUUCUCUACUUUAAAAAGAGAAACUGUAGCAACAUCGAUAUCUACUUCUGCUUUACCAGAAUUAACGUGGAGUAGAACUACUAUCACCCCAGCAGCUCCUGAUCGUUUGUUUUUUACUAGUGAGAGACAAAUGAAUGUCACCAGUAGCAGAGUAGCAUCAAGUUAUAGUACAGCGGAGUAUACAACACCAUUACAUGAGUCAUCAGUGAGGACCACAGCCAUGCCUUUAACUGCUGCUGUGUCCGGAAGAAUACAGACGUCAGCAGCGACCCAGUACCCAUUUUCAGAAACACCAAACAUCACAUUAGAAACUAUUUCUUACCAGACUGUUCCAUCAGCUGAAACAUCAACUGUGAAAAUCAAAACACAAUUUUCAACUAUGAUUACAGGCCCAAUGACAACAAAUGCAACAUCACACUUUCUUACAUACCUACCCUUUUCGACUGUAAAAACUACAGAAAUCCCCCCAUCUAUGUAUACUGCAUCCUCAGUUUUAGUAGAGGCAUCAACCUUUAUUGCACCUACACAGCCAUUAGUAACAAGAAUUACACCUCCAUUAUUAACAGAAAAGAAAGUAUGGCCAUCAGUAUUUACCACUAAAUAUCCAGUGUUUACAAGCAUAGCUGUGACAGAGAUCAUUCCUGCUUCAUACACUGCUUACACAAGUACCACAGAGAAGACAAGCAUAUAUUCAUAUCUAUCCAAAGAGCCCAUGACCACAACAUUAAUUCCAGAAUCAUCCAAGUCAGAAUUACGUGACAGGACAGAUUCAGUAAAGGAAUAUUCCACCGCAGCUGCUGCCACGAUGAAUGUAACACGGGCUACAAUUCUUCCUUCUAGUCUUUAUGUUAGAGCUUCAGGAACAGCAGUGUUAACGUCUGUAACAAGUAAAACCAGUUCAUCGUUUUUCACAGCUGUCACUCUUCCACUAUCCUCAAGGAAGAUAGAAUCCUCUCCAGCAAGUGUAGCACUUACUGAAUAUUCAUUUUCCCCACAUUUUACAGGGGCACAAACUAUGAUUUCCCCACCAGUUUCAUAUUCUAGCACUCCUAAAAUAGAAAGUGUGACUUCCUAUUCAACAAAAGAAUUAACUUCUAAAAAAUAUACUAGUCUUCUCCCAAUAUUCACAAAUAAAACAAAGGUAUAUGAAGGAAUAACAAGUGCAACAAUGUUGCCAUCUGCAAGUGUAUAUGUCACAAAAACCACAGCUGUACCAAGAUUUUCUGAAACUGCUGAAAUAAUGCAGUAUUCUUCAAAACAGGCUGUAUCUAAAACUCUAGGGGUAACAGACUAUGGGCUUCCAAAAAACUUGACCACGCCUUUAACAACAGCAACAACAAAAUACCCAAGAAUUUCACAGAUAGCACAGACAUCCAUACCUUCACAUAUCGUGUAUCCUACUUUUGCAGAAACAGCAAAAUCCACCAGUCCUUCAGAGUCCACUUCAUUAUCAACUUUUACUAGAUUUCAAGCGUUGACAAAUCUUACUGAGAUUACUUCUGUUACUGCUUUCACAACUGGGUUCACAGAAUUUGUAAGCCCCAAUAUUACACAGACAGCUAUUUACACACACACAAAAUAUCCAACAUCUAAAGUGACACUAAUUCCACCUACUUUGACUACAGAAAUAAAAGAAAAAUGGCUGACUACAACAUUGCCUUUAGCACCAACAACGCAAACAGAGACUUGGAAAACAUCAUCAGUAACUAAAUAUCUAAUUAUACCAAUGGUUACUAAUGAGACACAUAUAACAGUUUUACCACCUGCCAUGAAUGUUAGCUCCUUUGCGACAACAUCAGCAGUUCUACAUACUGCAGAGCAAACGGUGUUACCAUAUCUACAUACAACACCCAUUUCAGAAUCUGCAAAGCCAGUUGAACUGCCUUCAACAACUAAACCAACAAAGCUUACAAGAGCAACAACAGUGUUGACCACUACUGCUAUUUUCCCUCGUACUAGUUUCACUUCUGCACCAGGAAUCUCAAAACCUUUAGUUUCAACCAAAGUAACCAUAACUGCAGUACCACUAUCUACACCACAAGAAAUGAUUAAAACAGUUUCAACUAGUUAUCCAUCAUUCUUGUCUCAAACAGUACACACUACAAAUGGAACAACAUACUAUGUUACUCCAAGGCUAAAAACAACAGCUUUAAUGACACAAAUAAUGGAAACAGCUGCAACUUCUACACAAUUAGGUGUAAGCAUAUUACCAAGAGUGUACAAUUCAACAACGUCAUUGAUAAGUAAACCUCACACAUCACAAACGGAAACCUUUUCCACAACCACUGUUAAAGUAGUGCAGCUUUCAUCAACAGAGAUUUACUCUACAAGAUAUCCUGUUUCAUCUGAGGGAACAAUAAAAUCAACAGGUAUUAGUUAUAUGACUUCAUCAGGAUUUUUGCCCACUAAAAUAAUAACCUCAACAACAUUUGUCCCAGCUACAAGUACAUUUCAUUUAGUUACUACAACUAGUAAAGCAGCAUUACUUAAAACAACAUCUCCUACAACACAAAAAUUUACAACUGCAUAUCCUGAAACAGGUCUUAGUACACUGAUGAUAACAGAGACUGCACGUUUCACUCCCCAGUUCAUCAACACUACCUUAGUUAAAGCAUUGCAUACAUCUGUUAGUCCAUCAUCGGGAGGAACAACACAUUAUGUGACUCUGUUAAGCUCACUUGCAACAGUUAUUCCUCUGAGUACUCAAACUCAAGUUUCACUUUCACAGAUGAGUGGGCCAAGUACUGCAAUGGCAAUUCAUUCUACUCAUUUAACACUGCCAUCAGCAACAAUGGAGAUUACACCUAAGCCAGCUGAAACAUUCACAUCUGCUGUAACAAACAGAACAGUGUCAAUUUCUACUCCUCAGUUUUCAACGCAAUCAAUUCUUACCGCUUUAUCUACCAAAGAAAAGGCAGCAUUUAUAACAGAAGUUUCAUCUGUUUAUUUAUCUGAAACUUCAACAGCUACUACCUCAAGCUCUGUAUAUCCAUUACUCAAAACAACACCGAUUACCACAACAGCAAAACCAACAGCUUUUAUGUUAUCAUCAAUUACUUCAAUCCCAGUUACACCACAUGAAAAAAAAGAAACAGUUACAUCAGUGCAAACUGCAGCUACUACUCAAAAAGAAUUGGAGACAUUCCUCACAGUGACACAUGUUAGCCCAAUAAAAACCACCACUGGUUUAUCAGUGUCAACAUUGUUUUCUUCAGCUUUUUCAACACCUCUGACUACUAUCACACCAGUUACCACUGGAAGAACUACAGCGUCAGUGUCUUUUUCUCCUACGUCUGUGACGACACCUUAUUCAGCUAGUUUGGGAAUAAUUAUAUCGGCAUCCACACCACAGCCAGAAAUAAGUACAACAACAGAAAUGUUUACAAAGCCAUCAUCAUCACUACUUACUACAGGAACAUUUAACAGAACACAGACAACACUAAGAGGAACAACAACGGAAGAAAUGAAAGUAAUUGAAAUUACACAUCUGACUUCACAUUCAAAACCUCUGCCAUCUUUCUCCCUUGUUACUGAAGGCAUAUCUUCAACAAUGGAAAUCAAAGUUUCACCAGCUGAAGAACUGACAACUGAACUUGCUCAAACUAGUGAAAAUUAUACGAUAUCCCAAACCAUGUCUGCUACUACUAGAAUUCUACCCAAAUCUACUCAGUUUUCAUCUCCAUCAUUUAUAAGCAAAACAUCUGCAGAAACUGCACUACCUGGGACAUUCCUUUCGACUGAGUAUAUGUCUGUCCAACCUGUAAAUAUAUCACUGCAUACAAUUUCACCAGCAAGUUCUCCUUCAUUACCAGUAAUUACAGAAGUAGCAGAAACAGAAGUUUUAACUUCACGUGCGCUUCCAAGCCAAUCAACCUUUCCGUUUAAACUAGAAUCCAUCAACGCAACAGAAUAUAGAACAGCUGAGCCUACAGCAGCACCUUCUGUUACAUCUGAAUUGCUUUCGACUUCAGAAGGAAUGUUUGUUUUUUCUCCUAGUACAGUACCAUCACAAACACCUCAGACAUGCACACCCAGAAAUAUCUACACCGAUAAUGAAUGCAUUCAAAUCAUCUGCAUGGAUGGGCACUUAAUUCCAAUUAACAUGUCACAGAACUGUCCUUAUAAUGCAACACAGCCCAGCUGUGGAGUCCUGGGAUUUGCAGUACAAGUUAAUGGAGACAAAUGCUGUCCAAAGUGGGAAUGUCCAUGUCGUUGUUCUAUUUUUCCUGAUCUAAGUUUUAUAACUUUUGAUGGGAGUGAUGCAGCCUUGUUUAAAGCAGCAUCUUAUGUCAUCAGUCAAGUUGAAAACGAAACUAUAACUAUCCACAUUCUUGACUGCCACAAUGGAGAAAUGGCCCAGUGGAAUUCUACAGCACUAUGUCUGGGAGUUGUUAAUGUUACUCAUCAAUCAAACGAGGUUAUAAUUGAUCGAUUGAACAGAAGGCUUAUGGUGAAUUCAAGAUAUGCACGUCCAAAAUUUAGAAAAUAUGGCUUUGACAUUGUUGAUACUGGUAAUAUGUACCUGAUCAAGACUCCUGCUAAAAUGCAAAUACAGUGGUUUCACAGCACGGGAACAAUGAUAAUUGAAGCUAGGAUGUCCAGCAAAGCUGCAGCCAUGGGGCUCUGUGGUUACUGUGAUGGAAACCCAGCAAAUGACUUAACACUACCAAAUGGCACAGUGUUCAGUAAAAGUGAAGACCCCACCGCCUAUAUGGACAGCUGGCAAGUGCCAAACACUUUACAGUACAUGGGAAAACAGAGAAGGCGUGAAGUGAAUUGUUCUACAAGUGACUGCUCUGACUGUCUAGGCAUGCUCCUUAACCAAACCUUCAGCAGCUGCCAUCCUUUUGUUCCACCCGAAAUAUUUUGUGAAUACUGGGUACGUGAUGCAGAAUAUGUCGAAAACCCUUGUGUAGCCCUAACCGCCUAUGUAGCUAUGUGUCAUAAAUUUAAUGUCUGCAUAGAAUGGAGAAGCCAAGACAACUGCCCUUUCUUCUGCCCACCAGAGUUAACAUAUAAGGCUUGUUUACCAGCGUGUGAAGCAAAAACGUGCAGGGAUAAUGAAUUUCCCCAAAAUGAUGUCGAAGUCUGCUCUGUACUAACUGAAGGCUGUGUGUGUCCAAAUGGAACCGUUCUUCACCAGCCCUAUUCUGCUCUCUGUAUACCAGAACAGAAGUGCGCUUGUACUGACAGUUCUGGAAUACCGCGGGCAUCUGGAGAGACAUGGAAAGCUUCAGUAGAUGGGUGCUGUCUCUUCACAUGUGACAAUGAUACCAUUAUCCCAGUAGAAUACAACUGCUCAGACAUUGAGGAACCACAGUGUAGACCAGAUGAGAUGAUUGUGUUUUUGGCUGAAGACAAAAAUUGCUGUCCUCAGAAACUGUGUGUUUGCAACCAGACAUUAUGUGCACUCCAAAUGCCUAAAUGCGAAUAUGGUGAAAAACUUGUCAGCUACUACAACAAUGACUACUGCUGUCCAGAUUAUGUCUGUGAGUGUGAUCCUGAAAAGUGUGAUUAUGCCAUGCCAAACUGCCGAGAAGACCAAACAUUAAUUAGUACUCGAAUUGAAGGAAGCUGUUGCCUUUCAUUUAUAUGCACAUGUGGUGCCUGCUCUGAUAAGAUACCGGUAUGCCAAGAAGGAGAAGUUCUUAUUGUGGACACAAACAUCACAGAGAGAUGCUGUCCCAAUUACCAGUGUGUCUGUGAAACACAGCGAUGUUCUGAACAUAGCUGUCCUAUUGGAUUUUCUGUGGUUGAAGUAUGGAGCCCUGUGCAAUGUUGUCCAUACCGAACAUGUGAAUGUGCAUGUGGUACUAUUCCUAAACCUCAGUGUGGUCUGGGUGAAAAACUAGUGGCUGAUGAUGAAUACCAGAAUAACACAGAAAAUCCAUGUGGUUGUCAUACCUACAUAUGUGUAAAAGAUCAGGUUUGCCUAACUGGAGACAAAGGAGUUCUGCGUCCUGGACAAACUCUUGUUGAACACAGAGCUGACGGUGUCUGUCAUACUGUACAGUGCACUGACAGAAUUGAUGCCAUUACGAACUACUACCAGAUUACUGUUACAACAACCAACUGUACAGAGCAAUGUGAAUCAAACCAAGUGUAUGAACCACCACCUGAUACAACAUCUUGCUGUGGAACAUGCAAGAAUAUGUCUUGUGUUUACAGCAUGGAUAAUGGAACUGCCAUACAUUUCCAGCCAGGAACCUCUUGGACUUCCAGUUGUGUUCGAUAUGACUGCAUAAAUACAGUAUCAGGGCCGAUUAUGAUUUCUUCACCAGUCAACUGCCCUCCAUUUAACGAAACAGAGUGUGUUAAGAUUGGUGGAUAUGCUACCCCCUAUAUGGAUGGAUGUUGUAAAGUCUGCUCUGGAUUCUCACUGUACCCAUUCCCUGUUAGCCCAGUCACUCCUGCAGCUAGUUCUAACUGUGACACAGGUAAAGAAGAUGGAAAAUUCUGCAAAAAAGUAGCGGUAAGGAUGACAAUUCGGAAGAAUGACUGUAGAAGCAACAGACCUGUAAAUAUUGUCUCCUGUGAUGGGAAAUGUCCAUCUGCCAGUAUUUAUAACUAUAAUAUCAACACGUAUGCCAGGUUCUGCAAGUGCUGCAGGGAGAUUGGGCUGCAGAGACGUAACGUAGCUCUGUAUUGUACUGGGAACUCUACAUGGGUCACUUACUCCAUUCAGGAGCCAACAGACUGCUCAUGUCAGUGGUCUUAAUACAAUGAUAUCUUUAAUUACAGAGGACAGUAUAUCUAAAGAAUGAAAGGCAUAUUUUUGAAGCCUGUAAUAGGGACUUCAUUCCUUACCAAGUUGAAGAUAUCAACCAUAAGGAGAAAACAGUGUGAACAAUUUACCCACAACAUUUUUUUUACAAAUUCUAAUUAUAACUGACAUAUAAAAACUUAGCAAAAUCAUUUGUACCUUGAACAUUUAAAGAAAUAAUGGUGCCAAAUGAAAAUUCUUGGGAACUGAAACACAAUCAGUUAUCUCUCAUUCAAGUGAAAUAAAGCAAUCUGAAUUCUC